CCGCCGAACUCUGCAGUUGGCGGUGGCAACGCGAUCCGCGCGCACAUUGACUCCGCCCUUACUUACUCAUUUAAACUCCGGGUGCACGUGAACUCGCUUGUGUCUCUACAGCUGCGUAAGAUGUUUAUAGUUUAGACACUUUUGUGCCUCGGUAUCCACGAAGUUUUGUGUUAAAGUAUGUCAUUUUGUAUAGCGCGCGUUUCUUUUUCUUUACUGUAUAUUUUCGCACACUGCUCUGUGCGAGAGCCUUAUGAGAAAUUGAGCGUCUGAGCUUUUCAAAAAUUAAACUACUUAGCGCGGUGAUGUUCGCUUUUGAUGUUUAAUUCGGCUAUAUUUAGCCUUCCGCGAGGCGCUAAUAGAAUCUUAAAGUGGUUUUAUCGGGGAAGCCGGAGAUGCGUUUUGAAAUAAUUUAGCGAAAUUGCUUGUUGGACUUUAACGUUCUGCUUUGAACUAGCUGCUGUAUUUACUCUCAGAAUAAGCGCAUGGUAGUCGGAUAAAAGAGAGCAAAUCAAGUAAAUUUACAAACGCCUGCAGCCGUUGGAUCGCGCUCAUCGAAUAUUGAGAAGAUCCAGAGUCAGCUGACCGACGUCGGCAUGCAGUAUGGCAGGUAUAUACGAACCCUCGACCCGGUGAGUUUCUCUCCAGAGAGCAACCAAGUGGAAUGGGGAUCGCGCGCAAUUUGUUUAGCGACCGCUUAAUACAUACGCGCUGGACGGAUAAUAAUAGGCAACGGAAGGCUGGGAGAUGAAGAGCAGCCCCGCCGAGAGCUAUAGACACGGCAGAAUGAUUGGCCGGCCGAUCAGCAGUCAUCCUGAAUGACCCUGAGCGACAGAGAGAAAUAUGACUAAAGUUUACAGAACCGCCGCCGGAGUCGUGAUGGAGAAGGAGCUGCUACUGCACGAGGCUGUCAUCAGCAAUGAGGCCGAGACGGUAAGGAGGAUUCUGGAAGACAGGGAAGGCCUCAACGUCGACUGUCGGAACAACUACGGCAGGGCUCCGAUCCAUUUGGCGGCUUCGCGCGGCAACAUCGAGAUACUCGAUUUGCUGAUCAAAGCCGACUGCGAUGUCGAAGCUAAAGACAAGUUUGGAAUGCGAGCGCUGCACAUGGCGGCGUGGUACGGACAACAAGAUGCCGUCGACGUACUACUCGAUGCCGGAGCCCUUUCCUCGGCACUUGACAAGAAGCACCGAACACUUCUGAUGAUGGUAGCGCGUUCAAGCGGCUGUAGUGAGUCCUUAUUGGAGCACAUCCUGAGCCGAGCAAACCUCGACCCGGCGAUCGAAGCUCGCGCCAGGGACUGUGACGGCUGUUCCGUACUUCAUCACGCGGCCAGGGCUGGCGAAACUCGGGCCAUUCAGACCCUUGCCAGGAUUUUGCCUGAGCUCGAAAUCGAGGCCCGCGAUCAGCGCGGCCAAACAGCCCUGCACUACGCCUGUGCAACCGGUCAACAAGAGGCCGCCUCUUGCCUCCUGGAACUGGGCGCCUCUGCUCGUCAGCAGGACUACGAAGGCAACACAGCCCUCCACCUAGCCGCGGCUAACCGCGAGAGUCGCCUUUUUGCUUGGCUUCUGAGCCGCUGCGCCGCUGGCGUGGAAAGAACGAGUCUCCUACGCACAGCAGACCGCCGUGGUUACACAGCCCUCCACCUGGCCGCCAGCCUCGGCUGCAGCCUUAUUCUCGGCGAUGUCCUCGCGGAACUCGAACGCGAACAGCAGAGACCACAAGCUCUGGCGAGUCGAUGUUUGGAGGGCAAUACACCUCUGCAUUUAGCUGCUCAGAUGAACCAAACGCAGGCCUGCGACAUGCUCAUCGACGCUGGCGCUUCGCUCAACGCGCUGAACACGAAGAUGCAGACGCCGUUGCAGCUGGCCACCGAGAUGGGCCACAGUCAUGUCUGUCGUCUACUCGUCGCAGCCUCCGAGCCUAAUAAUGUUGAGGCCUCGGCAGCCGAAGGUGGCAGCGGCAGCCAGCAGGAGGGGACGGCGUUGCACGUAGCCGCUAGGACCAGCCUCGCGAGCAUCGCCAAUAUCAUCGCUCGCACUGCCAGACUGGACUACCCCGCGAUGCUGAUCAAAGGCACUCGGGCAAUUUUCAACUCGCCCGAGGAGCCGUGAUGCGAGUACUCGAUCGUUUACACUCGCAAACCUCAAUUAAUGCUUGGAUUUUAUAUAUAUAUAUAACGUAUAUAAAUAUAGAGAUGUACGUAUGAUGUAAUUGUGAUCACAUGACACGUGGCGCUCGGUUUAGUACAACGUUUUUUAUUAAGCUUGAAUAUUGUCUCUUCAUUCACUUCAAUUUGACUCUCUUGUGACUACGUAGAUCUACAUGUAAGCAUUCUCACCCAUAUACAUAUCUCUUUUGUAUACAACAAACAGUCGCCCUGAUGUAAUCUACGCGUACUAAUGUGUCAGCUCAGGCGAGCCUCUUACACAAACCUACACAUAUCUUACUAUAUGUAUAUCAAUUGUACUAAGUAGCUAUACCAACCAGUAAUAAAAAAAGUAAUGAUAAAAGUUAAA